UGGGCGGCUGUGAAGGCCAUGGUCGCCUCCUGGCCCUGGCCGUGCCUAAAUCUGGCGUCUCUGAUGAGCAACAUGCAGCCCAGUGGUCCGACCGUGAUGCUGAAUGUGUUCAGGAUGCUCGAAGUCCUGGUAGACCAGGGGCCCCGCCACGCCGCGGGCCAGCUCAGCGUGCUGUGGCCCACAGCUCCGGUUGAGGAGGCAGAACCCGAGUACAGCGUCUCGUUCGAAGACCUCCAGGAAACGGACCCAACCUACGGGUUCUGGAGGAGAGAGGACUUUUACAGCUCAACUCCUUGUCAGCCACCGCUUGCAGAUGUCAAGCUGGUGGGAGAUCUGAGCUUCCAGGAGACAGAGUGGAACGCUCUGCUAACCUUCCUCACAUGGAGAGUGAAGCAGGUCAAGGUGCUCCCUCUGAUUUGCUGUCAGAACCUGAGCUUUUCGGAUGAUCUCCCGGGGCAUCGCGUUAUUCAGAAGAUCCUCGAAAAUGUGCAACUGGAUGGUGUCAAGGAGCUGAGAAUCCACCACACGUUGAAGAGAAACCUCUUGUCCUUGUUAGCCCCUUACCUGUGCCGCAUGGUGAAUCUGAAUACUCUCGAACUCCAGUCCCUGACCGCAAGGGACUGGACCUUGACGCAACGUUCCCUGGACAAGGAAAGAGCCAAAAAGCUGGGCAGUAUCUUCACGGAAUUCACUUCCCAGCUCACGCACCUGCGCCAGCUCCAGCAUCUCCUCCUGAUUGAUCUCUACGUCUGUGGAAACAUCCACCGGUUUCUCAGGUACCUAGAGACCCCCUUGGAGUCCCUGACCAUUUCCACCUUUUACUUCUUCGUAGAGAACUCAGACCUCGAAUCGCUGUCCUUGUAUCCCUGCACCAGUAGGCUGAGGGCACUGAAUUUCUCCAGUACCAAUCUUGCCUCUUUAAAUCCCGAGUUGCUCCGAGUUGCCAUCGACAGGACCUCAGCCACCCUGGAGCGCCUGGACUUAAGUGACUGUAGACUCAAGGAUUCCCACCUCGAUACCAUC